UUCAGACUUUCUUUCUCUCAUUCUCGUCUCCGACACUGAAUUGCGUAAUAAAGCAAGCUUCCCGGCUUAUCGGUUUUUGGCGGGUAUUUAGUUCGGUAUUGUUAGUCAUAACUAGUGAAAGUGAAAACUGACAUCAAAAUGUCCAACUUAACUGCUGAAGAGCUUGAGAAUGCAUUGAAACUACUGCGAGGAAACAUUGACCAACUGUUUCUGAUUGUCAUGGGAAUCCUUGUCUUUCUUAUGCAGGCAGGAUUUGCUUUUCUUGAAGUCGGUGCAGUGAGAGCAAAGAACACAACAAACAUCCUACUCAAGAAUUUCUUGGACGCGUUUAUCGGUGCUGUGGCUUACUGGUUGUUCGGCUACGCCUUUGGGUUUGGAGAAAAAGGCAAUGGCUUUAUUGGAUACAGCUAUUUCGCACUGGCAGAUUUACCAGCUGAAAAAUUCUCCCACUGGUUUUUUCACUACGUUUUUGCAGCCUCGACAGCAACAAUUGUCAGUGGUUCCCUAGCAGAGAGAACUGAGUUUAAGGCUUAUCUGAUGUACUCUGUGUUUCUGACUGGUUUUUUGUACCCAGUAGUGAGUCACUGGGCAUGGGAUGUCAAUGGUUGGCUGUUCAUUGGUGCGGAGUACACUAAAGACAAUGUAACGAUGACUGUUACAUACCAGGACUUUGCCGGAAGUGGAGCUGUUCACGUUGUUAGUGGGAUGGUUGCCUUGGUCGGAGCAGCCGUGGUUGGACCAAGAAUCGGAAGAUUUGUGAAUGGCGUCCCUAUGCCACUAAAAGGCCAUACUGUUCCCAAAGCUGCUCUUGGAGGAUUCAUCUUGUUCUUUGGUUUCCUGGCAUUUAAUGGCGGCUCUAAUGCAGCGAUUGCUGGUGAAGGUGCCGCCAACGCUGUCUCACUGGUAAUUGUCAACACUGUCAUUGGAGGAGCUGCAGGUGCGCUGACUUCCUUGAUCAUCAAACGUCUGGGCUUUGCAGAAAAACACUGGAGUCUGCUAUUCACCAUGAACGGUGGAUUUACCGGAAUGGUUUCCCAGUGUUCAGGCUGUAAUACCUUUCAUCCUUACGCUGCUUUUGUCAUUGGCAUCAUCGGAGGAAUCACAUACGUUGCUUGGAGUACUGCCAUGCUGCAUUUUCAGGUUGAUGAUCCAUUGGAUGCCGUGGCUGUUCAUCUUGGCGGUGGUAUUUGGGGAGUACUAGCAGCUCCCAUUUUUAACAUGGACACUGGAAUAUUUUAUGCCGCGAACGAGCAUUCAUUCCGUUUGUUUGGUUGGAACCUGUUGGGUUUAGUUGUCAUAAUGGCCUGGUGCGUAGGUCUGGCUUUCAUGUUUUUCUUUCUUUUAAGACUCCUUGGGCAGCUUCGUGUCAGUGAAGAAGUCGAGAUAAAAGGACUUGACAUUCCUAAACACGGUGAGCCCGCAUACCCAGUGGAAAGUUACGGGAACGGUUGGGAACCAUCUUCAGAAGAAGGAAAGACCUCCUUCCCGUUUUAUCAGACCUCCAUCAAUGCUUUUGUUUACGUCAACCCUACUAAAAAUGGUCAAAUUAAACAGCCUGGAAUGCAGCAUGGUCAACCAGGACAAGUCGUAUACCAGAAUGGGCAGCCCGUCAAUCAUUCCAACGUUCAUCUCGACCUGCCAGACAGAGAUGCCUCUCCAGAAAAUCCCAGUCACAAAUCAAACGUAGAGGAAGACGGACACACUUACGAAAACAUGGAUACAGCAUUUUAGAUGUUACCAAUGGAGCAAAUAGAUUAAAGGCUUGUGCGGCUUUAACUUCAAGUUGAUUUUCGCAAACUUACAAUUGAAAAAGCGAAUUAAAGGAUUGGCCAGUAAUUAUUUAAGGGAAAGUAAUCAUGAGUAUCUAGCUAGGCACCAAUUAAAAAAGAAAUUCCCAGAUUUCGUUACUGUAUUUACCGGAGUGAUACCAAAAGGGAUGCUUCAGAAAUCAGGUGAUUUUCAUCGCUGCAUUUUAAAGAAAAGGUGGAAAAACGAAAACAGACUGACAAACAAAAACAAGCCUGUACGGGACUCGAACCACUGAC